UCAGGCAGUUAUUUGCAUUCCUGAGAAAGUGACAGCUACCGUCUCAAACCGAAAAAGAAGAAAAUCGUAUUCUUUCAUUUUUUGACCUUUUAUCUCAAAUGAUUCACUGGGAAGAGGAGUUAUGCAGUUGAAGCACCUAAAGACGUUACUUAACCCGCAGGAUGGAGCAGCGAAAAUCACUGCGAUGGCUUGGGCACCAAACAACACCAAGCUUGCGGUGUGUACGGUGGAACGGGUGGUGCUUCUCUUUGACGAGCAGGGCGAGAGAAGAGACAAGUUUGGCACCAAACCACUAGAUUCAAAGUACGGUAAGAAGAGUUACACAGUCAAAGCCAUGGCCUUCUCACCAGACUCUACCAAGAUAGCUAUCGGACAGACGGACAACAUCAUCUUUGUCUAUAAGAUAGGCGAUGAUUGGGAUUCCAAGAAGGUCAUUUGCAACAAGUUCGUCCAGCAGAGUGCCGUGACCUGUCUCAUCUGGCCACCGGAGAGCAAUAUCGUCUUUGGUCUGGCCGACGGUAAGGUCAGGGUGGCCAACCCCAAGAGCAACAAGUCCUCCACGCUCUACGGGACGGACUCCUACGUCGUCUCCAUUGCCCCAAACCUUUCAGGUAAGGGAAUCCUCUCUGGCCACGCCGACGGCUCCAUCGUCCGCUACUUCCUUGAAGACGAGGGCACCGGGGAAUCGCAAGGCAAGGUCGCGACCCACGCCUGCCCUCCGUACGCCCUCUGCUGGGCGGGGAACAGCAUCGUGGCAGCCGGCUGCGACAAACGCAUUGGAAUCUACAGCAAGGAAGGGCGCAUCAAUCAGCAGUUUGAUUUCAGUCGGGACUCGGAGGAGCAUGAAUUCACGGUUGCCGUCAACAACCCGGGAGGACAGUCUGUGGUAGUGGGUAGCUACAAUAGACUGCGUGUGUUCAACUGGGCCCCUCGUCGCGGCAUGUGGGAGGAGGCCCGUAUGAAGGAGAUCCCAAACCUUUACACCAUCACGACCCUCGCCUGGAAGAAAGACGGAUCUAGACUCGUUGCUGGCACAUUAUGUGGCGGUGUGGAGCUGUUUGACUGUUGCCUCCGUCGUUCCGUCUUCAAGAACAAGUUUGAGAUGACCUAUGUCGGACUGAGCCAGGUCAUUGUCAAGAACCUAUCCUCGGGCACGAGAGUGGUGCUCAAGUCUCACUAUGGAUAUGAGAUUGACGAGGUACGUAUCCUUGGCAAAGACCGCUACCUGGUGGCGCACACGACCGACACGCUGCUCCUGGGUGAUCUGAGCUCCAACAAACUCAGUGAGGUCCCGUGGCAGAACACGGGAGGCAAUGAGAAGUUCUUCUUUGAGAAUGAAAAUGUGUGCAUGAUCUUCAAUGCGGGUGAGUUGACCUUGGUAGAGUAUGGAGCCAAUGAGAUCUUGGGAUGUGUGAGGACAGAGUUCAUGAACCCUCACCUCAUCAGUGUAAGGCUUAACGAACGCAAGCAGCUGAACGUGGACGACAAUAAGAAGAUGGCUUAUCUUGUGGACCUGAAGACCAUAGCCAUAGUGGACCUGGCCUUUGGCUAUAACGUCGCGACCCUGGCCCAUGACUCCAAGGUGGACUGGCUGGAACUCAACGAGACUGGUCGAAAGUUGCUCUACAGGGACAAGAAACUAAGGCUCCAUCUCUUUGAUGUCGACACCCAGUUGAAAACCACCAUUUUGAACUACAGCAGCUAUGUACAGUGGGUGCCUCAGAGUGAUGUUGUAGUAGCUCAGAACAGAGGAAACCUUUGUGUGUGGUACAACAUUGAUCAUCCAGAGAGAGUAACCAUGUUCCCAAUGAAGGGAGAUAUCGUUGAUCUUGAGAGAGCUGAUGGUAAGACUGAUGUCAUCGUCAAUGAAGGGGUCACGUCUGUAUCGUACACCCUUGACGAAGGUCUGAUUGAGUUUGGUACUGCCAUCGAUGAUGGGGAUUAUGCAAGAGCUGUCGCCUUCUUGGAAACACUGGAGAUGACACCAGAAACAGAGGCGAUGUGGAAGACCCUCGCCAAGCUAUCCCUCGGAGCCAAACAGCUCCACAUCGCCGAACGUUGCUUUGCUGCCCUCGGGGAUGUUGCCAAGGCCAGGUACCUGCGUAAGAUCAACAAGCUCGCCGGUGAUAUCAGCAAAGAAACGGGAGAAGACGGUAUGAAUCAUUACAGUGUUCGAGCCAAGCUGGCCGCUCUGAACAAGGAUUUCUGGGAUGCAGAAACGAUCUACCUUGAGCAAAAUGCAAUUGACGAAGCCAUGGAGAUGUAUCAAGAGCUACACAAAUGGGAUGAGGCCAUCAAUGUCGCACAAGGGAAGGGCCAUCCUGAAUUGGAAACCCUGCGUCGGAACUACUACCAGUGGCUGAUGGACACGCGACAAGAGGAGAAAGCUGGAGAGCUCAAGGAGCACGAGGGCGAUCUUCAUGCCGCCAUAAGCCUCUACAUGAAGGCCGGGAUGCCAUCCCGAGCAGCGCGACUCGUUACAAGCAACGACGAGCUGAUGGACAAUCGUGAGCUGGUGCAGCGCAUCGCGACGACGCUCAUCAAGGGGGAGUUCUAUGAAAGGGCUGGUGAUCUCUUUGAGAAGACAAGGGAUGAGCAGAGAGCCUUGGAGUGCUACCGACGAGGAAAGUCUUACAGAAGGGCCGUGGAGUUGGCACGCCAGGCCUUCCCUAGUGACGUGGUGAAGCUGGAGGAGGAAUGGGGAGAUCAUUUGGUCUCCCAGAAGCAACUAGAUGCUGCCAUUAAUCAUUACAUCGAAGCAGGCGCAUCCCACAAAGCAAUCAAGGCUGCGGUGGACUCACACCAGUGGACCAAAGCAGAGCAGAUCAUUCAGCUCCAGGAACCAGAAAUCGGAGAGCGCUACUUCCCCGUCAUCGCUAAGCAUUACGUCACGAUCCAUGAUUAUGAGAAUGCCGAGAGGUACUAUAUACAGGCCGGACAGACCAAGGAAGCUAUUGAUAUGUACACAGCAGCCGGGAAGUGGGAGGAGGCCCAUAGGCUUGCAAUGACAUGUAUGAAAGGAGAGGACAUCAAAGUUCUGUAUGUCAACCAAGCACAGGAGAUGGAGGCGCAGGGCAAGUUCAGGGAGGCUGAGAGACUCUAUCUGACCGUACGUGAACCUGACCUAGCCAUCACCAUGUACAAGAAACAACGUCAGUUUGAUCACAUGGUACGACUGGUCAAGCAACAUCAUCCAGAUCUUCUACAAGACACUCACCUUCAUCUUGCUAAGGAGCUUGAGAAUGACGGAGCCUUGCGUCAAGCAGAGCAGCACUUCUUGGAAGCCAAGGAUUGGAAAGCAGCCGUCAAUAUGUACAGGACUGCUGAUCUAUGGGACGAGGCUUACAGGGUUGCCAAGGCCAAUGGAGGAGCCAACGCUUCCAAGCAGGUAGCCUACCUCUGGGCCAAGAGUCUAGGGGGAGAUUCGGCCGUCAAGCUGCUUACCAAGUUCGGUCUGCUGGAGGCUGCCAUUGAUUAUGCCGCUGACAACUGUGCAUUUGAGUUUGCAUUCGACCUGGCCCGUUCAGCAAUGAAAAAUAAGAUGGGUGAUAUUCAUCUGAAGCAUGCUAUGUAUCUUGAAGAUGAAGGCAAAUACAAGGAGGCAGAGGCCGAGUUCAUCAAGGCUAACAAACCCAAGGAAGCAGUCCUUAUGUAUGUACACAACCAGGACUGGGACUCCGCCCAGAGGAUCGCAGAAGACUACGACUCUGACAGCGUCUCCGAUGUCUUGGUCGGUCAGGCCAGGCAGUCCUUUGAACAGAAAGAAUUCCAGAAAGCGGAGUCCUUCCUUCUCAGAGCACAACGGCCUGAGCUGGCUGUCAAGUACUAUAAGAAUGCUGAGAUGUGGCAGGAUGCCCUACGGGUGUGUAAGGAGUACAUCCCUCACAAGCUACAGCAGCUUCAAGAUGAAUACGAUAGAGAGGUUCUCAACAAAGGUACCAGAGGGUCAAACAACCUUGUUCAGCAGGGCAAAGAAUGGGAAGCGUCCGGAGAGUAUGCGAGGGCGAUUGACUGUUAUCUCAAGCUCACUCCUAAACUCACAACUGAUACUGAACUCCUCGCACAGUGCUGGAACAAGGCUGCUGAGCUUGCCAUGAAGUUUAUGGACUCCAGCAAGGCUUUGGAUAUCACAAAGGUCGUCUGCCCUCGCUUGGCGGAAAUCAACAAGCACAACAUGGCUGCGGAGCUCUACCUUAGUCUGGACCUGAUCAAGGAGGCCAUAGACACCCUGAUGGACGGAGGAGAGUGGGCCAGGGCGCAGAAGGUGGCCAAGGAGCUUGAGCCUCGCUACGAGCGCUACGUCGAUGACAAGUACAAGGACUUCUUGAAGAGCGAGGGCCGAGCUGAAUCUCUGGCUACUGUUGACAUCAUCGCUGCCCUCGACAUGUACGUGGACCGUGGCGAGUGGGAGAAAUGCAUGGAAACGGCUGAGAAGCAAGGCUACAAGGUCCUGCACAAGUAUGUAGCCUUGUACGCCAGUCACUUGAUCAAGGAGAAUAACUUCUUCAAGGCUCUGGAUCUGUAUGUACACCAUGGGGCACCACCAAACUCACAGAACUUCAACAUCUACAAACGCAUUGCCAAUGAGAUCUUCGCCGCCCCUAACCUAGACAAACCGGACUCCUACAAAGUUUGGGCUGAUCUAAGGGAUGUUCUUCUCAAUCUGUGUGAGAACAUGCAACAGACGCAGAUGGCAAACACCGCCCCCCAUCAGGAGUUUGAAACAAUGCUGACCAUCGCUCAUUACUAUGCCAACAGGAGUGCAUGCAUGGCACAGAAGAAUCUGGAACCUGUAGCAGCCAAGCUCUCCAUAGCUCUCUUGCGUCACAGCGACGUCAUCCCAGCAGACAAAGCGUUCUACGAAGCUGGUGUCCAGGCCAGGGCCCAGAACAUGUACAGCAUGGCCUUUGUAUUCCUCAACCGAUUCCUGGACCUUACUGAGGCCAUCGAGGAAGGCAGUUUAGACAUCCUUGACAACACUGACUUUCAGGAUACAGACAUUCCAUUUGAAGUACCGCUACCAGAGAAGCAACACAUUGCGGAUGAUCGACGUGAGGAGGUCAAGGAGUGGGUCCUGUCCAUCUCCAUGGACCAGCAGGUGGAACAGGUCCUGGACAAGGACGAGAGAGAUACCUACGUAGCCUCGCUGAUCGCUGCCAACUCAGGGAUGAGAUCACUACCAUGUGUCAUUACAGGCUACCCUGUCCUACGAAACAAGCUUGAUUUCAAACGACCUGACAUGGCAGCUAACAAAGAUGACUGGAACAAGUUCCUGAUGGCUACAAAGAUGUCGCACAGCACAGAGUGCCAGGAUGUCCUUAAGUUCGUUGGUCAGUGGUGCGGAGCCACGCCCAACCCUAGCUACACAUUCCAGUGAUACCAUCUCAACCACACCCCCAUCACCAUGGUAAUCAAGAGAAAGGGGCGGGAAUAUGAUGUAGGUCUCUCUCGGGAUAAGUAGCCUUACUGCCUGAUGAUUCAUAUAUUUUGAUAAAUUUCAACAUUAAUUAUUAGUACUAUUUCACUCAAAGAUAAAUGUUUUUUUUAAUUAUUGAAGGUGUAUCUUAUUAGUACUAUGACAAUUCUGUUGCUUUGUCAGUAGUGUCACAUUUGUGUUGCUAGUUUAAGUAACUCUUGUGCAUUCAACUUUAUAAUGUUUGCAAUUUACUCUCUGUUUGUACAGAUAGUAUGCCAAAAAGGUGAAAUUAUUUUACAUGUAUGUGUCACAAAGUACAAUUGUAUAAUAAUGGAGUAUGGACGUGCAAACAAGUUGAUUAUUUUAUGGCAUUAUCCAACAUCUGCAAAGCAAUAUUGACUGUUAUGAAGAAGAAUGGUUGCCAACAUAUAAAGAUUUUACUUGAAAAAAUAUUCAUUGUCACCUUGAUGUAAGCAUUAGACUUAUUUUUAUCAUGCCACGGUCUUGAUUAGUCUGCUGUGUAAUCCCUUCCCUUGGGUUAAGGGGUCUGAAUGUCCAGCCUACAAAGACAUGUGUACUGAAGGCCCUCUACACGUGCUAGUCUUUGUGUGAAGACCCACUUGUUGAUCAACGUUUCAAUCAGGGUCUG